AUGCAUGUCGUAGCUUACAUUCGGCUCAUUAAAUUUCAGCCCCCACCAGCGAAGAGGCUGCGUAUGGCCGUUCCAGACGGUUUCAUAGUCGAGCGCAAGAGCCCUGCCAAGGUAGUCGCGCCAAAGUUCGUGUCCGCCUUCAGCAGCAGACGCCUCGCCACUUCGACCAGACCUUCUAUCCUUCACGACACAGUUCCUCGCAGACCCAGCGUCGACCGCUCAAAACGUGCAACAGACUCUCUCGCCCAGAAGCCGUCUACCCUGCGCGUGCGCAAGCCUCCCCCACCACCAGAGCUCCCUGCUGCUUCAAGUUCGACAAGGUCUGGCAAUCCGCUCUCCGCACUCAGGCCUGUCUUUGUCCUCCCGCAGCAUCCCGCCCCUGCACAGAAGGUUGUGCCGCUCCUCGAUCGAGUCCCGCCACCGCUCCAUGCGACGGCGCGGCCGAUGAAGACGAUCUUCACCACGUCCAUCGCGCGCGCGACCGACUUCCGCUCCGCCGCUGGCGCCGCGGAGCUGCUGUCGAUCUUCCUUCAGGAGCACGGACACGGCUUCGUCGAUCCGACAGAGCGCGAGCUGCAGCGCGGACUCGAGCAGAGCCCAGAGAAGAUGAGCAAGCGCAAACGGGGGACACGGUUCGCCGGAGGCGGGCUAGCGGAUCGCGCGCGUACGCGGUUCCACCAGAGCAAGACCGCGCUGGCGCUCUGGCAGUCGGGCAUUGAGCUCAAGAUGCGCAAGGGCCAGGCCACCUCGCCCGACAUGCGCCUGCGCGUCGCCGAGGUGGUGUACGCGGCGACGAGCGAUGACCACCAGCGCCCGGGCCACGCGCCGUGCCUCGGGCUCGUGCGCUGCCGCGCGGUGCCCGAGCGCAAGGACGCCAACGGCGAGGUGGUCGUGCUGCUCAACUUCGACGGCACGGAGUCGGCUGCGCCGCCGUUCAACAAGCCAGGCGACCUCCUCACAAUGCCUCUGAGGUACAUCCGGUCGAAAGUGUCGGCAGACGGUGUUCUAGACGUUGCGAUCACAACGACUUCUGCGGUCCAGAACGUAGCCAGUCUCGUGUCUUUCCCGCCAGUCGCGAUAGCUGCAGAGAUCCUCCUGAAGAUCUUUGAGGUUAUUCAACAAGUGAACGCAAACCAACGACAGUGUUAUCGCUUAGCAAAUCGAUGUCUCUCCUUGCUGGUCGAUAUCAGAGACCAAAUGGAAGGCCGGUGGCAAAAUGCACCGCUGUCUCUUGUCAGAGCGCUCAAGAAAUUUGAAGAGUACAUGAUUUGGACGCUCGGGUCGAUAUACGACUACCUCAAGACAUCAGCGGACACCAAGUGGACAGCCCGUCUGCUGAAAAAGGGUAGCAUUGAACGUGCACUUGUGGACUACAAUGCGUCUGUGGAUGAUGCCGCCAGAUCCUUCCAGAUUGCUACUCUCAUAGACAUUCACUAUGCCGUCGGCAACAAGGCAGGCACUGUAGAGCACGAAAAUGUCCAGUCAGCUGAGGAUCAAUCGAUUUUACCUGAUUCCAUGCGUAGAAUCAUGGAAGCCGAGCAUAUCGUGUCAUCGCCUAUGUCUUCGGGAUUCCGCCCCCGAGUUACCGAUGAGAAUAGACAGAAUUCAGUGACGUCUGAUGAUUUUGUGCUUGUGUCAGACCCGGAACAGAAUGCAAUGCUUGCAAGAGAAGCUACUAAUGUUUUGGAUCCUGACACAAUGACAGCAGAAGACAUUGAAGCCGCCCUCGACGACCGUGGCUUCCGCAGAUAUCAUCAAUCGGACCUGGUGUUGCGAAAGUCGUCGCAUACCAAGCAGGGCUGUUGGGCCGGAGCUACAGAAGCCAAUGUCGAUGGGCGGCACGCCCUCGUUAUGCGUUACGAAGGCCCACGAGGAGUCGCAAUGAAGGUAGCUUUGCGUGGUCAAGACGGGUGGCAGCCACUGAGCGUCACUGUAAUAGAGAUGGAUACGCGACGUGAAAAUCUUACAGAACGUAUAGACGCAGCACUCUAUCUGCAGAGCCAGAUGAGUCUUUCCGACUCCAAAAUCCAAGACUAUGUAGAGAAUGCCACCUUCCGUAUCGACGCGGAGCAGACCCUUAUAAUGGGUCUGCCACCACCUGAAGUAGAUGCAUGGCAGAGCUGGCGAAACUUUGGCCUCGCUCAUUCGAUCCGCGGAAUUUACUUGAAGGCGAGUCAGUCCAUGGGCGACAUUCUACCCAGGACUUACAAUUCAUUUAUUGACAGCUACUUCCAAACUACGGACGCGCAGGUAGUGUCCGAUCGAAUGAAGCUCCUCCUGGACGAAGACGAGAGUGAUAGUCGCGCUCAGCCAUCUCUCCGCCAGCUCAGGCUGGCUGCGUUCAAGUCGAAGUCGCAUGAACAAGUGUGGCGACAGAAGCUUGCUCCUGCGUUCAAAUACGCCGUCGGCGACCUCGGAUAUGUCCCAGAGGGAGAAUCGGUCGCAUCGUUCAGGGUACUGCGAAACAUCUUCCAGGAUGAGCUGGGCUGCAUGGAUGUCGUUCAUAACGCACACGGGAAUCAAUUUAGCUGGGAGACUGGUGCAGCCAACAGACAAGAGCUACACGCCUUUCCAUCUCUGGACGGAAGAUAUGGAUGGCCCAUCGUGCUUCCCACGGGCACGAGUCAGAACGUACAGGUCGUCCAUGAUCUGCAUGUAGCCUCAGCCGGCCAGGCGUGGCAUUACCUCCUCGAAAAUGGGAAACGUCUCGCAGAGUGUCAUAGCGUCAAGCCUGAGAACCUCAUACUGGUAACGCGGGCUGGAAACGAUCAACGAUUUGUACUACGCUCGACGGACUACAACCACCUCCGCUCGCCGCCAGGAUUCGGCCGCCCUCCGCUUCAACAACGAUUCGGCAACAGUGCAUUUCAGCCUCCUUUUGGUAACACCCAUGCACGCGGCCUCAUGAUGCAGCCCACUCCGCCAACCAUAAUGUAUCUAUUCACGUCGGGCGAUGUCAAUAAACCGCCGCUAUGGUCGGAUACGCCGCUCAUGAUUGUCCUUAGACCCUAUGGUUUCUUCGACUAUGUGCAAUUGCACGCGGAAGAUUUCGCCGCAUAG